UAUGAAUACAUGUAAUCAAAAACUUCAUUAGGAGUAGGAGUUAACAACACAUAUGGAUCAAAAGCUUGUCUCAAGCUGGUUCCAUCUUCAUUCCUCAGUGCCCUUAUCCUACGUGCAACCACCGGAAAGCCAACCUGGCAUGGUUUUUCCUUCCGGCAAGAAAAUCCCGGUGGUAGAUCUCGGACUGCACGAUCGCCAUGAAAUCUUGAAGCACAUUUUGAAAGCCUCCGAGGACUAUGGAUUUUUCCAGGUUAUCAACCAUGGAGUAUCGAAAGAGUUAAUGGAUGAGACACUGAAUAUUUUCAAGGAAUUUCAUGCCAUGCCUGCUGAAGAAAAGAUAAGGGAAAGUUCCAGAGAUCCAAAUGGAGGUUGCAGGCUCUACACAAGCCGUGAGAUUAACAGCAAAGAUACCGUUCAGUUCUGGAGGGACACAUUAAGACACUUGUGUCCAUCUUCUGAAGAUUCCAUGCAAUUUUUGCCUCAAAAGCCUGCAAAAUAUCGUGAAAUCGUUGCAAAAUACACGCAAGAAAUGAGAAGAAUGGGACUAAAAAUUUUGGAGCUGCUAUGUGAAGGUUUAGGACUUGACCCAAAAUACUGUUGUGGUGGACUUAGUGAGAGUCCUUUACUGCUAGCUCAUCACUACCCUCCAUGCCCAGAACCAAGUUUAACCUUGGGAGCUCCUAAGCACAGAGAUCCUAACCUUGUUACUAUUCUGCUUCAAGAAAAAGAUAUAAAUGCACUUCAAGUCUUCAAAGAUGGAGAAUGGAUAGUGGUUGAACCUAUUCCUUAUGCUUUUGUGGUCAACAUUGGGCUUAUGUUGCAGGUGAUUAGUAAUGGAAGGUUAAUCGGUGCUGAACACCGUGUGGUGACAAAUUCAGAAUUUGCAAGGACCACAGUUGCAUAUUUCAUCCGUCCAAAUAGCAAACAGAUUAUAGAACCUGCAAAGUGUUUGAUAAGUUCUGGUGCUCAACCUAUCUACAGAUCCAUUGCAUUUGAAGAGUUCUUGAAAAAUUUCAUGAUCAAGGGUACUGAUAUUGAACGAGAAUUGCUCUUGUAACCUAAGCAGAAAGCUGCACUGCAGACACAUUAAUUAAUGCCCCUCUCAAAUUUCUUACAACUUUAUCUUGUUUGCACAUGAAUUAUCUAAAGAAUUGAAUAUGUUUAUCAAUUAAAGUAUUACCAUUAUUAUUA